AAAUCUCAGAAAGGGAAACUCUCAUUACGUUGUGCAGGACUCCGACAUCAGAUCAUCUCCACCGCGUCUCUACAGAUCUCCAUCGGCGCCGAAGAAUAUCUCUCUAUUGUUUUCUUCUAAAACAAUCUGAAAGAAAUCUCUUGCGAUCCAGACGUCAGUCUCAUCUGUAUUGUGAUUGAGCGCCAGCAAUAAUGAUAUCCCAGUGGAGCCAUUUGAUCCUGUAACCAAUGGCAACAGUCCAGGCCCUGUCCUUGAACCAGGACCCCAGCAAAAGCAUCUGUGCCGGUUAUCCAGCAUCCACUUUGGCAGGCCACUGCGUCAUGGGAAGUGUAGGCAGCCUAAUCGAGAAAUCAGACGUGUCACCAACCAAGAGCAACAGAGCAGUUCCACAAGUGCCAGGACGUCAGAACCACGGCCUGCUCAAGAAGGGUUUCAACCAGAGAGAGCUGCUUAACUAUCUGAACAUCACCAAGAAGGAAGCAAAGGGCAGCAAACACCUCAUCUCUGGGACAUCCUCUAUCAAGAGAGAGCACAGGAGGGAGGAUGACGACGUCUACACUAAGGUCUACCACAGGGAUGGAAAGGAGGUCGAUUUGGGAAAGAACUCGCUUCCCAUAGGUGGCAAGUUUGACAAGCCACGAUUCAGGCCUUCCGCCUUUAAACCGGUCACCCCAAAAAACUUCAGUUCAAUGCAGAACCUCUACCCCUCCAAGUCAGAGGAGGUAGAGAGCGGCUUAACCAACGGCAUGCAUACGUCCUAUGCCAAAGCAGCGUCCAAAUCGCUGUCCACCUCUUCCUCGUCCUCCUCCCCUUCACGGCCAGGCGCGAGUGUCAGCAAAGGUGUGCUAGCAGCAGCCCGGGGCCUCAACCAGGAAGAGGAGAACACAUCCGACUCGGGGCACAAUUCCAUGAACAGCCUGCCGCCUUAUCGGCCACCGUUCCGCCCUCACUUGGGACAAAUCAGUGCCUCUAUGGGUCACAUCAACCACAUAGGCUCACUAGGUCGCACCUCGCUUGGCUCCAAGGGAGCCGCUUCCACGGUCACAGACGUGUCCUGUCACAGUAUGGCUACGCUGAACCGCCUGCAGUGCUAUGGAAGCGAGGCCCCGCCACCCUACGAGCUGUCGCACUCUCUGGAGGACGUGGUGAGGGACCUGGAGGACCGUCUGCAGGAAAAAGAGAACGAGUUACGUCAGAUGAGGAGGAACCUGGAUGAAAGUGAAGACGCUGUUGCACAAGUUUUUGAAGAGAAGCAGCGUCUCUGGGAGAAGGAAGUGACAGAACUGAAACACCUGUACAACGCCAAACUGCGGCAGGUAUCCCAGCAGUCCCAGCGUUCACAAAGAAACCUGCAGCUGCAGCUGUAUAAGGCACAGCAGGAACGCAACCGGCUGCAGGAGGAGCUGGAUUCUGUCAGGCUGGAAUGCCAGACCCUGAGAAGUCAAAGCCCAGCGGCACAAAGCCAAAGCAUUAAUCCCCAGCUGGAAGAGACCCAAUGGGAGGUAUGCAUUAAGUCAGAGCUAUCUGUCCAAAGCUCUGGGGAUUUCAGAAAAGUUUGCAAGAGAUAA